GUUGUGCUUUUUAUGGUUCUCAGUAUUCAUUACAUAAACGCAUAUUAUAUGUUCACGUACAAAAUCCGAUUUGACAUAUUAUGACGAAGAAAAGUCUUCGAGAGACAAGAUUACAGUGUUCUCUCGAUAAAAAUAAACCAUAUGCACAGAUCUCUACCAAUCGUGAUUUUAGAGCAAUUGCGUGAGUUAUUUGGGUUGUGUUUUUAAAAAAAAAAAACUCAAUGUCCUCACUAAAAUAACCACACCGGUCGGCCGCAAUCCGAACAAUCAGAUUUCCAAGCGCAAUAUCGUCGGAAAUGCCUGCAAAGUUACCGAUGUAACGCGUGCAAAUAGAAGUCACUGAUGUGCGUGUGCUCGAGUGAUAACCUCGGAUAACACUAGCGUAAUCGCCGUGAUUCAACAACAACUACACUAAUUGCACGGGACGGCAAGGUCCUAGGUGCGAUUCACCAGUACCAACCUCGACGACACGCACACGCCAGUCAGUGCCAGUCCGACUGCGCGGACACGACGAACAAGACCGGUAGUCGACGCGCGGACGACACGACGACCGAAGCUCUCCGAACGCGAUGACGUCGAAGGAGGACGAAACGAUCGAGGACAUGGUGGCGGCCGGAGCGUUCGGGACGGACAGCCGGGUGGUGUCGUUCAAAGUGGAAGGAUUGCACACCGAACCUGACCAAUUCGCCACUUGCGUGGUGUACGGCGUGGCCACCGUGGACGACCGCGACGGCCGACGGCGCGACCAUCGGCUGGUGAUGAAAUACAAACAACCGACGGCCGAGUUGCGGCAACUCUGCAACAACGACAGGCAGUUCUACAACGAGAUCCUGUUCUACGAACGGAUCGCGCCGUUCCUGCUGGACCGCGGCUCUCGGCGGGACGGCGCCGGGACGCCGCCGAAGCUCUGCCGUUACUUGUACGGGCGCAACGGUUGCGGCGAAGACGGGCACCGGGACGUGGUCGUCUUGGGAAACGCCACCGCCGACGGCGAAUACCGGGCGGCGGCGACCGGCCACAAGUUGAGUUUGGAUUUCGAUCACCUGGUCGUGGCACUCAGGACUUUGGCAAAAUUUCACGGACUUUCGUAUAGGGCCAAGCGAGAAGACUCGAUAAAAUUUAAGGAGAUAAUCGAUGAAGUGAAAGAUACGUCAUGGUCCGAAAACGGCGAAUGGAUUUUCCAAUCUUCCGUACUCAAAGGAUUGUUUGCAUUGGCUUUGAAUUGGCUAAAAGAACGUCACGUCGAAAGUGGUGGUAGUGACUACGACAAGAACGUGGUCAAGUGGAUACGACAGUUCGAGUCAGAAAUGAUGGAUGAACCUAUAGAAAAGUUGAAGCACAUCUCAGCUCCAACCGAACCACUGGCCGUGCUAUGCCAUGGCGACUUCAAUCGAAACAACAUACUGUUCCGGUACGACGACAGCGGUCGUCCAGUGGACGCACUUCCGUACGACAUGGCGACCAUCCGGUACGGAUCGCCGGCCAUAGACCUGUCGUUUAUAUUGUAUUUGAAUGCGGACCGCCAGACUCGAAACGAUCAUUGGGACGCGUUGCUGGACGUGUACUGCGCGACGCUGGCCGAGGAAGCCGGUGACGUGUCCGUGCCGAAUCGCAAUCAGAUCGAUGCUGAAAUGCUCGAAUGCGGAUUCUCAGGUCUGGUGCACGUGUCGUUCUUUGCUCGCGUUAUGUUAGAGGAAAACCUAAUGCCAGACAGCAGUUCUUUUGUCGAUGCCGAUGAAUCGAAAUUUUUAGAGAUAUUGUCCUCAAAUGGCGGUAACUUGGCCACCGAAUGGGUUGCCGACGCUCUUCAUCAUUUUGUCCGUUUCAAGUAUGCCAGGACACCCAUACUACCACCAAUAAAGUCGACACAUAAAUUGAAAUAUCACGAAUAAUAAAAUAAAUCAUUAUAAUUACUGCGAA